GACCGGAAGUCGUUGCAUUUUAUUCCGGCGGGCUCGACAGUGGCACCCCAAAUCGCCUUAUGGUUGUUUAGACUUCAACGGUUUUUCUAUGUCUGUGGGAAUUUGUUUCGUCAAAAGCACGGAGAGAUAAGGACCGGGAACUACAGCAGGUUUUUUCACCGUGGAUAUUUUUGUCACACCUGAAGAUACCGGGCUUUCCACAUCAAUUUAAAGACAUACUUCGUCCCCCCGGCGCUGUGAUACAACUGCUGUUGUUGUCCUGUGACGGAUUUAUCCUCUCAGCUGUCGGGUGUAAGGAGGAGAGGAAGCAAAGAUGCCGAAACCGAUCAACGUCCGUGUUACCACCAUGGAUGCAGAGCUGGAGUUUGCCAUCCAGCCUAAUACCACAGGAAAACAGCUCUUCGACCAGGUGGUGAAGACAGUGGGUCUGCGGGAGGUCUGGUUCUUCGGUUUACAGUAUACAGACAGCAAAGGCUACAUCACCUGGCUCAAACUCAAUAAGAAGGUGACCCAGCAGGAUGUGAAGAAAGAGAACCCUCUGCAGUUCAAGUUCAGAGCCAAAUUCUUCCCUGAGGACGUCUCAGAGGAGCUCAUCCAGGAGAUCACCCAGAAACUCUUUUUCCUCCAGGUGAAGGAGGCCAUCCUGAACGAUGAGAACUACUGUCCCCCAGAGACAGCUGUGUUACUGGCGUCAUACUCUGUCCAGGCCAAGUAUGGAGACUACAACAAAGACGUCCACAAGCCUGGCUACCUUACCCAUGACAGACUGCUGCCUCAGAGAGUCCUAGAGCAACACAAGCUGACCAAGGAGCAGUGGGAGGACAGAAUACAGACUUGGCAUGAGGAGCACAGAGGAAUGCUCAGAGAGGACUCGAUGAUGGAGUAUCUCAAAAUUGCCCAAGACUUGGAGAUGUACGGUGUCAACUACUUUGAGAUCAAAAACAAGAAGGGCACACAGCUGUGGCUGGGCGUGGAUGCCCUUGGCCUCAACAUCUACGAACAUGAAGACAAGUUAACACCAAAGAUCGGCUUCCCCUGGAGUGAGAUUCGAAACAUCUCUUUCAAUGACAAGAAGUUUGUCAUCAAACCCAUUGACAAGAAAGCACCUGACUUUGUGUUUUAUGCCCCGCGACUGCGCAUCAACAAGCGCAUCUUGGCAUUGUGUAUGGGUAACCAUGAGUUGUACAUGAGGAGGAGAAAGCCCGACACCAUUGAGGUGCAGCAGAUGAAGGCCCAGGCUCGGGAGGAGAAGCACCACAAACAGAUGGAGAGGGCCCAGCUGGAGAAUGAGAAGAAGAAGCGAGAGCACGCAGAGAAGGAGAAGGAGAGGAUAGAGCGCGAGAAAGAAGAGCUCAUGGAGAGGCUAAGACAGAUCGAAGAGCAGACGAUGACAGCUCAGAAAGAGCUCGAGGAACAGACUCGCCGGGCCAUGGAGCUGGAGCAGGAGAGAAAGAGAGCGAGGGAGGAGGCAGAGAGGCUGGAGAGAGAAAGGCAAGCGGCUGAGGAGGCCAAGGCAGAGCUGGCCAAACAGGCUGCAGACCAGCAGAAGAACCAGGAGCAACUGGCUGCUGAACUGGCUGAAUUCACAGCCAAGAUUGCUCUCCUGGAGGAUGCCAAAAGGAAGAAGGAGGAUGAAGCCACAGAAUGGCAGCACAAGGCUCUGUCAGCCCAGGAGGACUUGGAGAAGACCAAGGAGGAGCUGAAGACCGCCAUGACGGUGGUGCCAGCACCUCUGGGCGGCCAUGCUGAGAGCGAGCACGACGAGCAGGAUGAGAACCACGCAGAGGCCAGCGCAGAGUUGUCCAACGAGGGCGUCAGCCAGCUAGACCUCCGCAGUGAAGAGGCACGCGUCACUGAGGCCCAGAAGAACGAGAGGGUGAAGCAACAGCUGCAGACAUUAAGUUCAGAGUUGGCCGAGGCCAGAGAUGAAACCAAGAAGACACAGAAUGACGUGCUACAUGCCGAGAAUGUGAAAGCAGGCCGAGACAAAUAUAAAACGCUGCGCCAGAUCCGACAGGGCAACACGAAGCAGCGCAUCGACGAAUUUGAGUCCAUGUGAGAACAGCAUCUCUCUCCCCUUCGCCUGCUUUCCCUCAGGGGUACCUGCUCCCGAACUUUCCCUCAGCGGCUGCUUUUUUUUCAUGGACAACGGAUGCUGCCGUCCUUGUUAUCCCCGUGAGUCCCCCUCAACAAACCCUAAGCAAUCUUGAGAAAUUAUUUUGUCAAACUUUGCCAAAGUUUUGUCUCACAUCUCCAAACUGAAAGUUUGAAAAUCUCCCCGAUACGGAGCUGCUUACGCGCCACUUUGAACAAACAAAUAUUGUUGAACUGCAGAGGUCGUCUGUAGUCCUUGAGCACAGGGAAAAAGAGAAACUAUAAAACCAAAAUGGAAGCAAUUGGAUUUUUUUUAUUUUGAGCAAACAUGGCCAUAGAAAGCUACUUUUGUUGUUUUUUUUUUUGUUUUGCUUAACGACUUGUAUGCAAAGCUUUAGUAUGAUUCUAUGUCUUCAGUUAAAGAUUACGUGUCCUCUCCCUGUUUUUAAGUUCUUUUCCUCUGCUUUUGUUUGACUCGUUUUAUUGAUGAUGCCCUUCUUUUUAGUUGUCUGUCGAACACAAUGAGGAGUUUGGGAAUAAAUGAGGUCACUAUUUUCAUUCAGUGUCAAAACGCUGCUAUGUUACAUCAUGUCAAAACAUUUCACAUGCUAAAUAUGCUAAUUCUCUUAGCACCUGUAAGUGAUUAGAGAGCUGAGCUGAGGUCUUUUCACUCUAUUCAACCGAUUCAAACUAUUGUUUUAAUGUCACAUUAAUAGGUUUAUAUAAAAUGACACUGCAGUAUUUAAAUAGUUUCAUUGAAUAUCAAGAAUAGCAAUAUUUUCUGAGUUUGAAUUUUGUUAAGGAAAUCGAAGUAGGGAAAGGAGCCACCUAACUUGUCGCACGACAGGUUUUGAUGAACGAAUGUAGCAAAGGUGACAAAGGGAAAGUGUUUCUUACAUGCAGAGGUGAUAGGAUGGCAUGUAACGAGCUUGUGCCACUGAGCUAUCGCCCUCGAGCUUAAAAGUGUUCUGAAAAUAAGCUAAUUGGUGGUUGUGUUAGCCGUAUGUCUCUGUGUCUGUGUGUGUGUGUGUCCCAGUUGCAUCCCAGUGUUUCAUUCCCAGUCACCAUAGAUGGUUUUCUCUGCCUGCCAGCUCACAAAGGAACCCAGGGUAUUAAACGGACAGACAGAACAGACAGACAAGUGAUGUGUCCGAGUUGUUUGUCUGUCUGUCCGGCUAUACGAGCGUUGGUGCGUUUGUGUGCGUGUGAGUAUGUACAAGUGUGUACGGGUGUGGAAGCCGAGGCCUGGCACCUCUCUGGCUGGAGAGCUUAUGAAAACAUCGGUCCUCAACCCGGGACAUAUCUCUACCUCAGUAAUUUUAGCAGUGGUGACUGACAGUCAAACACUCAGGGUGUUACCUCCCCCUCCCUUGGCAAAAAAAUACAACAAAUAGGGUCAUUAUUUUACUCGGUUGCUGUUACAUCCUCGGGCGGUGCUCCUGGACAGGCUAGUCAGAGCUCAGUUGCUUUGUAGCUGGAUGUUGGUAAAGUGAGAUCUAGAUUGAAAAGUGUUAUUUCUUACAUUUGAAGCUACUUUUACUCAGUGGUCUCUCCCUGCUCCUGGCCUUGCUCAGACGUUUUUUCCAUUCUCAUUUUGUCCCUGGGUAAAAAAGUGUGAAAGGUGAAUAAAUAAUGUUGCAAAUAUCAGAAUGGAGAUGUACUGUAUACACAGCAUUUUCAGAAGAAGCUAGGUCAUUUUGUCGUACCCUGACUGGGUCUUGUGAUGCGUUUAGGAUUGUAGGAGCCAUGAGUUGUUUGUGGUAAAAGUCUGAGUCUAACCCCUGACAAGGAGGCUCUUCUGUAAAUUAAUCAAAAUGGCCUUCAAUGUCUGCUCAGAACUUCACAAAUUCACUUUAAAGAGGCAGUUUUCAGACCUGCAAUGAGUUCUCGGGGCUGAGAGACUCGUGAAUACGUAAAGAGAUGAAUUAUUUGUUGUACUUAAUGUGAAGGGACCUCGCUAUAGUGAUUUGUACGAAUCUCUCUCCAGAAAAAAACGGAGAAUAGGCCGAUUUCUUCCCCUAAAAUCUUAUUAUAAAUUCUCAUCUAGCAGCAUUGUUUGUGCUCAGACAACAAAUUGACUCUACCUUUUGUGGGGUGGAAAAUAUGUUCCAGGGUGCAUUUUUGAAAUGAGUGAACAUUAAGUUUUCCUUUUUUUUUUUUAUUAACAAUAUGAUGAAAAAUGUUUAUGGUAUUAUUUGUGAUGCUAUUCUUGACAGCUGGUGUAGGUUGACAUUUUUUUAAGAGUUUUAAAGUCAAAGCACUUGUAUGAAAGGAGACACUGAAGCCUGCCUUUUGUGUUUAACUUCACAGUGUCCAUUGUUAGUGUUGUGUUUGCCAUAGCAGGUGAAAAAAAAAGAUCCUGUGCUUCCAGCUCAUAUUUUUGUAUUGUGUUCAGAGACCCUAAACCAGCAGCACGCAUCGCUCUACUGGACAGCUUCACUGGAGGGGAAAACUCCCGCUGACAUGUCCACACCCCCCAAAACCUUCCACAAUCAAGCUGUAAGGCUUCAGUUAGACUCUGUCUUUCUCCACAGCUGAAUGUUAUUGGCCUGCCUGUCCCCUCCAAUGAAGCCAGCGUCUGUGAUGAUGCCUGCUCUGUCACCAGCUGUCAUGUUUAGCCGUUUUUUGUUUUUUUCUCCUUAUGUUCAUGUUAGUAUUCUUUAAGAUAGAUGGCACAGAUGGAUUGCAGUCCAUUUCAUUGGUUCACAAAUAAAAGUUUUAAAUUUUGA